AUGCCGGCGAAGAAUUCUGACAAGUCUCGUUAUUUCGAUGUUCCUGAUGAACCGAUCCAAAAGAUGCUGGCUCCUAUUGAUGGAUAUCAAUCAUAUGCUCUGGUAUCCCUGGAUCAGGCCAUUGCACCGUUAACUGAUCGUGUCAAAGAUAUAGAUGCGCGUGUUUGGGUUGCACUUGAAAACUGUAAAAAAUCUGUUGAUCAACUUUCUCCAGACGAGUCUGCUGCCAUUCAUCUUUAUACUAUGGAAUGGACUCCAAGUGACGCAAGUCUUUACGCUGUCUUGAAUCGUGCUCUACGUGCUGAAAAUAGAAGUUUGCUUCGACCUUGGUUUUUCUAUCUCAAGUUACUCUUCAGUGCACUGUAUAAAAUACCAUCAGACCAACGUACAUUAUGGAGAGGUGUUCGUGCUGAUUUAAGUGCUGCUUAUCAGAAGGGAAAAAAAAUUGCAUGGUGGGGCUUUUCAUCAUGCACUGAGUCUAUCCAAGUAUUACAAUCGGAUCAAUUUUUAGGUACAACUGGCACUCGCACUCUUUUCUCUAUUGAAUGUAUUCAUGCAAAGGCAAUUCGCGCUCAUUCAUACUUCUCGGAAGAAAAUGAGUUGCUCCUUCUUCCAGGAACUUAUUUAGAAGUUAUGGGGCAAUUAAAUCAAGGCAACGGUCUCACCAUUAUACAUCUCAAACAGAUCGAACCUCCUUUCGAGUUGGUGAAGCCCCCAUUUCCUAUUCAAAAACCGUCUAGCACGAAUAGUGUAGUACCUCAAGAAAAAGCGCCCCAUCGAGAAUUAUUCGAUUUAUCUAACAUUAGACAGUUUUCAAUCAGCGCAUUAAACGAAAUCAACAAAUAUCGACGAUGGCAUAAAGCCCCUCCGUUAGUAUUUAGUGAUCUUUUAUCAACUGCAGCCGCCAACUUAGCUCAGAGAUUUGCUGAAAAUGGUUUCAUAGAAGGUGAGAUGAUUUUUACAAGUUGUUUUGCUCAAUAUCAAUCAACAACAACAUAA